CAAGUCAUAUAAUGGAACUGUAGUAAUGAUUAUCGAAUCAGUGUAAAGAGAUUCAAUGUCUGUGGAGAAUCCGUUAGUUGGCCCAAAAAGCGAUAAAACCUUCUCUGAGACUCUUUUGCCUUCUCUAAUUUCUUUACUUUGGCUGUUGCUCUCCAUCUGCAACAAAAGGCCACAGAGCCACAGCUUAGACACACAAACACACUCACACACACCGAGUUGGAGAUUAGGGGCACAUUUUGCAACAUUGGUAUAUGUAUUAUAUGAACAAGAGAUGCCAAAUGAGCGACCCUUUCUCAUUUACCAAUUCCAAAAUGAAAUGCACUCCGCUGACGAUGACCCUCUUUGCAGAUCCACACACAUCAUGACAUGGAAAUAUGUAGCCAUCGUGAUACUAUCGAUAGUUCUUAAGUUCACCCAUGCGAGGAUUGCAUUUGAGAAGCUCACGGACUUUGAUUUCCCCGGCACAACGUACUACAGUGUGAAGAAUCUCUCCCUGUACGAGUGCCAGGGAUGGUGUCGGGAGGAGCAAGACUGCCAGGCGGCGGCUUUCAGUUUCGUGGUUAAUCCACUGACACCGGACCAAGAGACGCUGUGUCAGCUCCAGAAUGACUCCAAUGCCCACAAUCCCACCGCCAUUCCGCAGAGAUCCUCCGCCAUGUACUACAUGGUGAAGGUGCAGCUGCGCUCUGACAACAUCUGCAUGCGUCCGUGGGCCUUCGAGCGCAUCCCCAACAAGAUCAUCCGCGGCCUCGACAACGCCCUCAUCUACACCAGCACCAAGGAGGCCUGUCUCACGUCCUGCCUCAACGAGAAGCGCUUCAUCUGUCGCUCCGCCGAGUACGAUUACAACAAUAUGAAGUGCGUCCUCUCGGACUCCGACAGGCGCUCCACCGGGCAAUUCGUGCAGCUGGUGGACGCCCAGGGCACGGACUACUUCGAGAAUCUCUGUCUGAAGCCCGCGCAGGCCUGCAAGAACUCUCGACUCUUCCAAGUGCCGCGAAUUGGGGUGUCAGACGAAAAGGUGGCGCAGUACGUCGGCAUCCACUACUACACGGACAAGGAGCUGCAAGUGUCCUCCGAAGACGCUUGCAGGCUGGCCUGUGAAAUUGAGACGGAGUUCCUUUGUCGAUCCUUCCUGUAUCUCGGCCGACCGCAGGGCACAACCUACAACUGCCGCCUCUACCAUCUGGACCACAAAACGCUGCCCGAUGGACCGUCGACGUACUUGAACGGAGAGCGACCACUGAUCGACCGAGGAGAGCCCACUGGACAGUACUUCGAGAAUCUCUGCGAGAAAUCCAGCAUAUCAUCGCCCACUGGCCAACCGGAUUCCACACUGCCAGUCGUCUUUGACACCAUUGAAGAUUCCACCUCAAAUUUCACGCGGACUGACGCCAAUUGUGACAAGACAGGCACAUGCUAUGAUGUUGAGGUCCACUGCAAAGACACCCGAAUAGCUGUACAAGUGAGAACGAGCAAGCCAUUUAACGGGCGAAUUUAUGCACUUGGCCGCUCUGAGACGUGCAACAUCGAUGUGAUCAAUUCGGACGCCUUCCGACUCGAUCUCACGAUGGCCGGACAAGAUUGCAACACCCAAAGCGUAACGGGUGUGUACACCAACACCAUUGUCCUGCAGCACCACUCGAUCGUGAUGACCAAGGCGGACAAGAUCUACAAAGUCAAAUGCACUUACGACAUGAGCAGCAAGAACAUCACCUUCGGCAUGAUGCCCAUUCGUGAUCCUGAAAUGAUCCACAUCAACUCAUCACCAGAGGCGCCGCCGCCGCGCAUUCGCAUUCUCGAUGCGCGAAAUCGUGAGGUGGAGACCGUCCGGAUUGGCGAUCGUCUCACGUUCAGAAUUGAAAUUCCCGAAGACACGCCUUACGGCAUCUACGCGAGAUCUUGUGUCGCCAUGGCCAAGGACUCCAAGAGCACCUUCCAGAUCAUCGACGAUGAGGGUUGUCCUGUGGAUCCCACCAUCUUCCCCGGCUUCACACCCGACGGACACGCUCUGCAGUCCAUCUAUGAGGCCUUCAGGUUCACCGAGAGCUAUGGCGUGAUCUUCCAGUGCAACGUCAAGUACUGCUUAGGCCCAUGUGAACCCGCUAUCUGCGAGUACGGACGCGAUUCGAUGGAGUCUUGGGGCAGAAAGAGGCGUUCAAUUGCCUCCAACAGCACUAGCGGCGAGGAGACCGAGGAGGAGGACAUGAACAUCUCACAGGAGAUUCUUGUGCUGGAUUUCGGCGAUGAGAAGAACAGUGACUACAUGAAGAGCGAAGCGAGUGCAGACUUCGGUGAUAAGACAGUGACAAUAAUUGAGCCCUGCCCCACCAAGACCUCCGUGAUGGCACUGACCAUCACUUGCAUCCUCAUGGUGCUGAUUUACCUUCUGGCCUUCUUCCACUUCUACGUGAAGAAGUGGCUGCAACCGCAGAAAACCAUCAUCUAAAAGCAUCCCAUCAAACACGCAAGCCCGCCUUCGGCGCGGAAUUUCAUCUGCACGAGACGAAUGACACACACACACACACACACUCAUCUUAGUUGAUAAGAGAGGGACAGAGAGAGGAAGAGGAGUUAUAAGAAAUAUGGGAGAACAAAAUGCUAGUUAUUUUAUAGGAAUUUUCCUCUCCUAUUCUCCUUUUCACACCCCCCCCCCAGAAUUCUCACUCUCUUAAUUUAUAAUAGCAGCGAGACGUGUGCCACACAAAUCAUCAGCAUCACCACCUCCUUUUUCCACCCCCACUGAAGAACAAAACACAAUAUUAACUACGAUUUUGUAAUUUCGCGUAGAUUCCUUAGUAUUUUAGUUUAAUGUCCUUUUUUUUGUCAAAUCGGGGAAAUGAGCAUUUUCUAGAGAGUUUGUUUCGAUGGUGUUUCUCUUUGGAUGGAUUAACGAUGCCCUUUCUUGCGUGGCACAAUCCCACAGGAGACCCGUAUCUAUUUAAUGUGAUAUUUAAAUUCCCCUCAAAAGUAAACAUCACACCAACAAACUUUCAUAGAGACUGCGGGCUUUUUAACUUACAUUUAAAAAAAAAAUCAUCUUUCAUUAAUUUUCAUCACUCUCUCUCUAAGAAUUAAAUUUAGUGUUUAGCAGAAAAGUGUCUUCAAAUGAAUUUAUAUAAAAUGAAACAAAAAAAAUCUAACACCCAAUAAAAGAAUUUUUUGUAGAAGAAAAAAAAA